AUGCGGAUCAACUUCUAUAUUUUAUUUAUCCUCCACUUAGUGACCGCACUUGUGCAUUUGAAUGGUCAAAGACUUGAAGUCUCUGAUGAUGAAAUUCUUACUUUUGUGGAUUACACUCAAGGAAAUUCAACGGAAAAUGAAAGCAUUCCAGAUGUCAAGUGUACCAAAGAUGUUCAUACUAUUCAUAAUAGUGCCGAUUUAGCUUUCAUUUUUGAUUGCAAAGUUCUUGAUGGUGAUGUUUUAGUUUCAAAUUACAAAGAACCAAUCAUUCAAUUUGGAGAUAUUCAGGCAAUUACCGGUAGUUUGACAGUAAGAGGUGCACCCAACCUUGUCAGGAUUGAGGCACCAUCGAUUGGUUCCAUUGGGAAUGUGUUUUCAUUAAGAGAAUUAACUUCACUUGCACUUAUUUCAUUUCCAGCUUUACGAACUGUUAAAGAAUUAGAUUGGAAAAUCUUACCAAUUUUAAGCACUGUACAUGUUAAUAAUGAAAUUUCUGGUAUCGAAAGUAUUAUAGUUUCUGAUACUUCACUUACUAAAUUUUCAGGAUUUAUUUCCAAUGAAUUAUCAAAAUUAGAUUUGAAUAAUAAUCGAUUUUUGGAAAGUAUUCAAUCAAAUGUCGAAAAAAUUACUGGUGAAUUACAUAUUGCAGCAAAUUCAGCAAAUGUAGCUGUUGAUUUAUCAAGAUUAAAAUCUGCUCAAAACCUAACUAUUCAAGAAACUGCAAGUUUAGAUUUAAGUAAACUUGAACAAGUUGAAAAUUCUGUAAGUUUUAUUGCUAAUACGUUUAAACAAUUGAAAGUUCCAAAGUUAAGAUCAGUGGGAGGAACUUUAAGUAUAUCAGAAAAUCCGUAUCUUAAUCAUUUAGAAUUCAAUUCAAUUGAUGAUAUUGGUGGUGGUUUGGUUAUCGUUAACAACACAAGCAUUGAAAAAAUCAAUUUUUUCCCUAAACUUAGUAUAAUUGGGGGAGCCAUGGAACUUGUUGGAUAUAUGAAAGAAAUUAGUUUAAAGCAAUUAAAAUUAGUGAAAGGAAGUGCCAAAAUCCAAGCUUUUGCAGAUCAAUUCGAUUGUUCUAAAUGGACUAAAAGUGAAGUUGGAUCUGUUAUUAGAGGUGGAAGAAUUGAAUGUACCAAUUCGAAAGAUGAAAAAAUUGUUGAAAUUGGUAAUGGUGGUGAUAAUGAAAUGGUAAAUUCAACAACUGAAAAGAAUUCUACAUCAAUUUUUGACUCUUUAAGAUUUAAAUCUCAAGGAAAUAAAUUAUCCAAUUGUUUGAGACAUAUUGUUUGGUUUGGUAUAGUUGCUUUAGAAAUAAUGAGCUAA